AUGACGACCCCAUCUACUUCUUCUCAUUCGGUUCCAGAGCAUCUAGUUACUGUCAAGGUACUCUACAAUGACAGUAACCGUCGCUUCAAGGUCCCUCUCAAGGAGCUGAAGGCCCAGGUGUUUCCCCAGAUGCUCAGAGCUCUCAUCGGUGUUCCGGCGGAUGCCCACGUCAUUCUUGAACGCUAUUCUGACAGUGCUGGUUCUUACGUCCGUUUAGACUGUGACAACAUUGCAGUCUAUAAGCAACUCUACCGCGCUGCCAAGGCCAAGUCUAAGCUCCGUAUCAAGGUUACUACUCUUACUUCCCCAAACACAUCCGUACCAACACCGGUACCAUCAGAACCCACUGUGCCGAUGGAUUCAACCAACCACACUCGUCACAGUUAUCUCGAAACGGUUCUGAGCCCCCUGGCAUCUCCCGAUAAUCUCCCUCUCAUCGAUUCGGUCCAGGUUCCUCAUCCCACCAGUGAGAAGCAGUUGCCUCUGGGUCAACCUCGCUACCGCCCCUUCGAGAUGGACCAAGAAAAGCAUCAGUUCCCGGUCAUCUCCCACACCUCGUCCAACGGAGUGUUCUGCAUUGACUGCAAUAACUGCGGUCGGUCUAUUGCAAAUGGCCAUUAUCACUGCAGUAUUUGCGAGAACGGGGACUAUGACUUGUGCCUACAGUGUGUCGGUGCCGGCACAUCUUGCCGCGGCGAGGGUCACUGGUUGAUCAAGCGGACCGUCAACGAUGGCGUCGUCACAAACAGUACUACCGAGACUAUUCCUCCUCGUGAUCAAUCAGUGCUGGAGUUCAACCCCAUCCUAUCUACUCAGAUUCAGCGCGAGGUGAUCACCAAGCCAGUGGUCCAUGUCCCAGAGUCGGUCCCUCAGUCGGUCCCUGAGUCGGUCCCUGAGCCAGUGGCCCCAUCGGCUUGUUUGGAUGCAGCUGUUCAGGGUGAUGACAAGCCAAUGUGCAAUGGAUGCUGCCGUGAAUCCGAUGAAAGUAAUCUCGUCCGCUGCAAUGACUGCGAGGACUAUGAUCUUUGUCUUCGCUGCCUCCUCCGAAAUAAGCAUGGGCACCACCCUGGCCACACCUUCCACCUUGGAUCUGACCGAAACUUCUGUUUGAAGAAUCUGAUCACCUCUCGAUGCCUUCCUGGUCGGCAGUUCCGACACGCCGCUGUCUGUGACGGCUGUGACAAGCGCAUCGUUGGUGUUCGUCACAAGUGCUUGGCCUGCCCCGACUGGGACUUCUGCCCUGAUUGCAUCUUGACUGCUCCUCAGAGCCACCCUGGUCAUCGGUUCGUGCAGGUUUACGGAAAUAUCGGCGAACCUGCUCGUGAGCAGGAAAUCCACUAUGGCAUCUUUUGUGAUGGUCCCCUGUGCAAGAGCAAACCUGCCCAGAGUUACAUCAACGGAGUUCGCUACAAGUGCGCUGUUUGUGAUGACACUGACUUCUGUGCGAGCUGCGAGGCCCUUCCGACCGACCACCACAACCGCACUCAUCCGCUGGUCAAGUUCAAUACUCCAGUCCGCAAUGUGACUGUGAGCACCAUGGGCGACGACGGCUCGAGUGGAGCAGUUGCCCUGGGUGACCAGCUUCAUACCUCCACUCAGCUCCUUAACCAGGCCGAGCUUGAGGAACAGGAACCCGUUGAGGUCGAUGCCAGCAAGCCUGUGGAAAAUUUCGAGCCUCAGCCAUUCAUGGGCAAGCCCGAUCCCGAGGUCGAUAGUUCCGAUAUGUCGGACUACAAGGCAUUCUUUAUCCGUGACACUAUCACUGACGGUACAACGAUGGCCCCAAACACCAUGUUCCGCCAGACCUGGACUCUCUAUAACCCUGGUCCUGCAGCAUGGCCCGCUGGCUGUGAUGUGCGCUUCGUCGGUGGAGACAAGAUGUUCAACGUCGAUGUCUGCCACCCGUCUAGCGUCGAGUCUAUUCGCUCAGCCAUGGAAAGCAACAAAUUGGCUACCCCUGUGGAGCCAGGUGAGAGUACUGACUUUACUGUCAACCUUCGCACCCCUCAGCACGAAGGCCCUGCUAUCUCCUACUGGCGUCUGAAACUCCCUAAUGGUGUGGCCAUCGGUCACCGUCUGUGGUGUGAUGUCGAGGUGCAAAACGCUUCUCUGGAAGAAGCUAGCACAAGCGAGGCAUACCCUGCGGUGUCUGAAAUUGCCGGCAGUGGCAUGAUUUUCCCUAAGCUGGAGAAGGAAUCUCCGGAGUCAAGCACACACCAAGCCGAGACUCCUGCACCCCAGGCACCGACGUUAUCAAAUUCUUCAGAAGGGGAUGUUCUAGAGGACGUUGAGAGCCUAACUCUGGACGAUGCCUCUACUGAUGCUGACACUGGUUUCCUGACUGAUGAAGAAUAUGACGUUCUUGACGCCAGUGAUCAGGAAUAUCUUGACGCCAAACAGUCCACAAACUGA